GUUUCUUUGGGGUUUCGGGCAGUUAAGCAAGCCAGCCAGCCACCCCCUGCUGGCACAGUUGGACAGCCGAAGGGACUGCGAGGGAGAAGCCACAAGCCUCCUCCUGCCGCUCGAAGAGGAAGUGGUCGACGCGCUGCUUCCUGUACAAGGGAGAGAGCAGAUCUCGCACAGCGCAGACUGGGUGGGGACUUGGCUCGGGGAGGCUCGGCUCGGCUCUCCGUCCGUCCAGCUGUUGCUGCUGCUGCCGCCGCCGCUGCUACUGCUGUGUCUGCGAGAGGGGGGCUGGCCACAUCUGGAUCCAGCAGAGGGAACACAGAGAGGAGACUCUUCCGCGUGGACGAGUUGGCGGCAUCCUGAAGCAGGUCACUGAUUACUCUUGAAGGUGGGCAAACUCAGCUUGGAUCGGCGCUGCAGUGAACAUCACAGGAGAGUGUCUGAGGCUGACUUCGGCGCGUUUGAAGGGAGGGGUGAACACCCGCAGACCCACAAGGAAGGCUCAGAUGGCUAGCAACAACACCACCAACAUAGCGCAAGCCAGGAAACUGGUAGAGCAGCUCAAAAUGGAGGCAAAUAUUGACAGAAUAAAGGUAUCCAAAGCAGCAGCAGACUUGAUGGCGUACUGCGAAGCGCACGCCAAGGAAGACCCCUUAUUGACCCCUGUCCCUGCUUCAGAAAACCCGUUUAGAGAGAAGAAGUUUUUCUGCGCCAUUCUGUAAACCUCACAGGAGCCUGACUCCGAUUUGGGCCACCCUGGACACUGAUGUAGAGAUUUUUCAGCAACGUGGGUGUCUUUCCAGAGUCCACCCAAUUUUAAAAAAUCCAAAUGGCCUGGAAGUUUACAGAGAAGCGCAUGAUAUAUAUAUUAAAAAAAAAAGGCUGCCUUCGGGGAAUGAGAUGAUGACGUUGAUCGACAUUGUGAGGCUAAAGAUCUUGGCAUCUGCAGAGUUGUCUGGAGAGGGAGGGGGGAAUGUGUAAAAGAGUAAAUUCAGUGUCCAUUUAAUGCUCUUGCCAGACAAAACCCUUUUGAAUUUUUUUCCCCGAAAACAAAGAGGGUUGUGCAGAGCAAGGUUGCAAAUGAUGCAAAGGGUUCUGUGUAUGUGUAUAUAGAUGGCAUUCUUUUGUUUUGCUUUCUCCCAAAUGUCACAAGGUUAUUUAUGUUCAACUGUAAAAUAAUCGCAACAGGUUAAAUUUAUUCUGAUGUUUCUUAGCGUUGGGUCUUAUGCGUACUUAGCCUAUUUAGAGUAGUGCCACACGAGAAGGGAAACCCAAUUUGCAGCCGCCUGUCAGUCACUUCUUAUCAAGGAUUUAGGUGAGAAUGUGUCAUAGCUUUGGAAGGGCCUAUGAGGCUGUCUUGUGCAUUCCUAACGUAGUUACUACCACUGUUUUCUAACACUUGUAUUUUGUAGCUUUUUGUUCUGCAAGUAAACUGUAUGUUGUG